AUGGCACGGAUCAUAACCACGCAGCUGUGUACGGUGUUUCUCGUCGCCAUCUUCGUGCUAGCCAUAUCUGUUCAAGGGGAUCAGUCGCAGCUGUGCGAGCCAUCGAGCAUCCAGAUCGGCCAGACCAACACCGGGAAGAAGGCCAGGACGCUCGACACCGUGUUCCAGGUGACGGUGACGAACGGGUGCCGGUGCGCGGUGAGGGCCGUCCUCCUCCGCGCCGACGGCUUCGCGAGCUCCGUCGCCGUCGACCCCAGGCUGUUCCGGCGAGCCUCUGCCGCCGCCGGCGCCUACCUCGUCGGCGACGGCCAGCAGAUCGCGAGCGGCAAGUCCGUCUCGUUCCAGUACACGUGGGACCACUACUUCAAGAUGACUCUUGCGAGCGUGAAGGUUGUUGCCUGCUAG